UACCUAGGUCAGUGUUCUUACCCCACGCGAAAAGUGGAUGGAGGCAGAUUUCCGUUGUUAGUCGCAGUUAGUCGUACGAAAUACUUUGCUUGGUUUAGAUGUAUUGCGACCUUUUAAUAAAUAAAUCUAUAACGACGCAAUAAAGUGAAAUAAUUUAAUUCAAUAUUAAACAUGGAUGAAAUGUAUCUUGGUAAACCAAACACAUUAUCAAACAUAGCAUGGCAUCGCCCUCAGUCAGCUACGUCAAGGGUGGAGGAAGAACUGAUUCAGAAGAGUACCCGGGCGGCCGCGCAUGCAACAGAUCCCGUGGAGAAGCUGCGGCUCCUGUGCUUAUCUAGAGGAGCCACUGGGAUACUGGUUCUGGCAAGGAUCUUCAGAAGCUUGGAUAAUAAUGGAAGCAAACAAUUAAAAAAAGAAACAUUUAUUAACGUCUUGAAGAAAACAGGACUUGAGUUGACUACGGCGGAAUCCGAGGAACUGGUCAAUAAAUUUGACACCGACAACAGUGGAUCUGUUGAUCUUGAUGAAUUUAUUAAAGAACUGCGUCCUCCUAUGUCCGAGUCGCGACGUGCCGUGGUGGAGCGAGCAUUUAAGAAAUUAGACAAAAAGGGCGACGGUGUUCUGUCUGUGAAUGAUAUUAGAGGAGUUUAUUCUAUGGAAGCUCAUCCUAGAUACAUGAGUGGCGAGGAGACAGCCGAUGUGGUGAUGACAAGGUUCCUCGCCAACUUUGAGCCGGACGGCGACAGCGCUGGGACGGUAACACUGGAGGAGUUCAUGAACUACUACAGUGGCAUCAGCGUCUCCAUUGACAAUGAUUGUUACUUCGACUUGAUGAUGCGUCAAUCUUACAAGUUGUAAUUUCAAUAUAAACGAUUGCAAACGCACGCACGCAGCAACUUAAUUCAAUAAUAGCUUUAUGCUUAAUGUUAUGUAUAAAAUAUAUAAAUGCAUAAUAAAUAAAUAAAAUUA